AUGGCCAACACGCAAAGACUCUUGGAUUAUCUGAUGGUGGCGCCCCCGGGCCUCCCUACCGAAGAAACGAACAAAACACCUAAUACAACAAAUGAGCAAUAUAAUUGGAGGCAGAUCAACAGCAUUAAUCAAUGGUCCGAAUUCACCUACGCCCAUAUCAUUCAGCGUUACGGGACCUUGCUUCAGCAAACCCAAAUAGCAAGAGAACUGAUGCCAAACUCUCCUCCAAAACCUAUAAACACUGAGCUGAUGUUCGCAGUCCGUUUUACAACCUAUGUCCAAAGUCGAUUACGCCGCGCGCUGCGAGCUGGUUUCCAGCAUAUGGCACCUCAGCUUGCCAAUCUGCGUCUUACUCCCAUCACAGUCGACAUAGGCGAUGCAGCUCAGAUUAUCAACAACUUCCGACCUGAUAUUGCGUUUUUCCGAGCUGGCAGUACACUCAACUCCUCUCCCAAUCGCUGCCCAGGAGACCUGAAGGUGUCAUGGAAAUGGGGAUCUGACUGGGCAGCAGCCGAUAUAGCCCGCAGAGAGUAUUUUCAGGUCUUGUCCCAGGUCAACUAUUACAUGAAACAGCACAACGCGCGGUAUGGCUUUGUCCUAACUGAUACUGAGCUGGUCCCUAUUAAGAGACUCGAUUCAAAUGGCAACCUGUUGGUAGCACAGGCCAUACCAUGGGCAGCAGCAGGGCCUGGACGUUUGACCAUUCUUCUCGGGCUUUGGUAUCUUGGGAUGUUGGGGGCUGCGGAUGAUGACUGGCAGCUGUAG